AUGCCAAAGGAUAUCCCUGUUGUUGGUAGUACGUCAGUCGAAGCGCGGAUGGUUGUACUUCAUGACCCAAACUCCAGGGGCCCACAAAUAAGCCUCUUUCUUCAUCGACGCACUCCGCCUUCAUCUUCCGAGCUUUUAUCGGCUACCUUGGGUGUGUACAUUAUCUUCGCCUUGGUCGUCGUAAUCAUAGGCAGUCUUCUCCUGGUCGUUGUGCUCCAACUACAAUCGCGCAGGAUUGAGGAACGGCUUCAGGCCGUCAUAGCCGCCCACCAACCCCGUCAGCCCCGGCCCCGCACCCGGGCAUCGAUGCCCACGCCGUGCCCAGGAAUCCCUCCGUCCCGUCGGCCAGCGGCUUCGUUCCCUUCGGUAUCUUGCCGUGGCUCGAUCCCCGACUCUUCCUUCUCCGAUGACUCCCCAAAUACUGACUUCACCGUUCCUCACAGGAUUCCCAACCAACUCUUGAGCUUUAACGAGAAAUCCACUCGCUGGAGCCAUAACUCUUUGACGUUCAAAUUCCUGGAUGAGCCUUACUCUCCCAAAUCACCCGAAUCGGCCCAUUCACUCCCAUAG